AUGACGACCAUUAGCCGCGAGCAAGCACUUUGCAUAUGCUUUUUAUACGAAUACAAUAAAGAAAAUGUGGAAAAGGCAGAAAAGGAACUGAAAGACAUGGUGGUGAAACAACGAAUAUACGCUACUCCUUUCAUGUUCAAGCAAUAUGUAUCUGCCAAUACCAAGGAAGGAGAUGCUAGUCCCCUUGACAAUAAGAUCAUUUUAGAGGCUCUGAAUCAACAAAUAGAAACGAAUCAGCAAGUGAUACAAUUUAUAAACCAAGUUUAUGUACCUGAAGAAGUCAUGGAUCACAAUGUUUACUCCCUCUCAUUUGUGUCUGUACACGACAUAUUCGCCAACAUACUUCGACAUUCGUAUGGCUUCGAAAACAAGACGCUCAACGGCUUCUCGUCAUUCUGUGGGGAAAAAUAA